CUUCAUUCCUCUCAAGUCUAAACCAACCUUCUCUCUCUCUCUCUCUCUUCAAUGGCGAAAGACAUGGAAGGCGAGGGUCACGUUGGGUUGGCGCACAAGGACUACCAAGAUCCACCGCCCGCACCCUUCUUCGACCCCGCCGAGCUCCGCAAGUGGUCCUUCUACAGAGCCCUCAUCGCGGAGUUCGUCGCCACCCUCCUCUUCCUCUACAUCACCAUCCUCACCGUCAUCGGCUACAACCACCAGACCGACUCCACCGCCGACCUCUGCAACGGCGUCGGCAUCCUCGGCAUCGCCUGGGCCUUCGGCGGCAUGAUCUUCGUCCUCGUCUACUGCACCGCCGGCAUUUCAGGAGGUCACAUAAACCCGGCGGUGACGUUUGGGUUGUUUCUAGCGAGGAAGGUGUCGCUGGUGAGAGCGGUUGCGUACAUGGUGGCUCAGUGCUUGGGGGCCAUAUCCGGCGUUGGCCUUGUCAAGGGCUUUCAGUCCAGCUACUACAACAGGUACAAAGGUGGCGCCAACACUCUCUCUCAUGGCUACAGCAAAGGCACUGGCUUGGGCGCUGAAAUCAUCGGCACCUUUCUCCUUGUCUACACCGUCUUCUCCGCCACCGAUCCCAAGAGAAAAGCCAGAGACUCCCAUGUUCCCGUGUUGGCACCCCUUCCAAUUGGCUUUGCGGUGUUCAUGGUUCACUUGGCCACCAUACCCAUCACCGGCACUGGCAUCAACCCUGCUAGAAGCCUUGGACCUGCUGUCAUAUACAACAACCAGAAAGCAUGGGAUGACCAGUGGAUCUUCUGGGUUGGGCCCUUCAUUGGUGCUGCCAUUGCUGCGAUUUACCACCAGUACGUGUUGAGGGCCCAUGCGGUGAAGGCGCUCGGCUCUUUCAGGAGCUCCACAAACCUGUAACUUGAUCCGGCAAAGCUUGCUAGGAGAGGAACUAUGUCCUUUAAUUUAAUUUAAUUUAAUUUAAUUUAAUUUGCUUAUACAUAUAUGGUGGAUUGGAAUUUGUAUAUCCUCGUCACUAUGUGUGUAUUUAUGUUUAAUUGCUAUUUGUGGGAACAUCCAUCUCGAAAGACAUGUUAAUGUUAACGUUAAUGUUAAUUUGUGUAUGUAUUUUGAAGUGUUAUGUUA